CGGCAGCGCAGCUUUCUCCGACAAUGAUAUUCAAGGCACUUGCGGCUCGUCUGCAGCGAUAGGAGAGAAAAGAGGAGAGAGAAAAGGAGAGCCUCACCUCCUCAAGCGGCGAGUGAGGCAGAGAGAGCGAAAGGAAAGAGAGACGGGAGAGACGCGGCUGUGGUGGAGUUUCUUUUUUUAAAACGUGCGGCUUGGACCUCCAGCGAAGGAGUGUUUAAUUGUCUGCGCUUUUAUCACAAAGUGUGUAAUUUCCCACAACAAGAUUCGACAUGUCAUCGUCCGGUAAAGACAACAGCGGUGCCCCACACGCCAAUUACGUGGGACCUUACCGUUUGGAGAAGACGCUGGGGAAAGGACAGACAGGGUUGGUCAAGCUAGGAGUCCACUGUGUAACAUGCCAGAAAGUCGCCAUAAAGAUCGUCAACCGUGAGAAACUCAGCGAGUCAGUACUAAUGAAGGUGGAGCGAGAAAUAGCUAUUCUGAAGCUCAUAGAACACCCACAUGUUUUAAAGCUACAUGACGUCUACGAAAAUAAAAAGUACUUGUACCUUGUGCUAGAACAUGUGUCUGGUGGUGAACUGUUUGACUACUUGGUGAAGAAAGGCAGGUUAACACCUAAAGAAGCCAGGAAAUUCUUCAGACAGAUCAUGUCUGCUCUGGACUUUUGCCACAGUCAUUCCAUAUGCCACAGGGAUCUAAAGCCAGAGAACCUGUUGCUAGAUGAAAAGAACAACAUCAGGAUAGCAGACUUUGGCAUGGCAUCACUUCAGGUUGGAGACAGUCUGUUGGAAACCAGCUGUGGAUCUCCACAUUACGCAUGUCCAGAGGUCAUCAGGGGAGAGAAGUAUGACGGGAGGAAAGCAGACGUCUGGAGCUGUGGGGUCAUUCUUUUUGCUCUCUUGGUGGGUGCCCUGCCGUUUGAUGACGACAACCUAAGGAAUCUUCUGGAGAAGGUGAAGUUGGGUGUGUUUCACAUGCCGCACUUUAUCCCUCCGGACUGUCAGAACCUACUCCGGGGCAUGAUUGAAGUGGACGCCUCGAAAAGACUAACGUUAGAACAGAUCCAGAAGCACACAUGGUACAUAGGGGGGAAAAACGAACCAGAGCCGGAGCAGCCUGUGCCCAGGAAGGUGACCAUCCGCAGCCUGCCCUCUGCAGACGACAUCGACCCAGACGUACUGGACAGCAUGCACUCCCUGGGCUGCUUCAGGGACAAAAACAAACUACUGAAAGACCUGCUCUCAGAUGAUGACAACCAAGAGAAGAUGAUCUACUUCCUGUUAUUGGACCGUAAAGAGAGGUACCCCAGUCAGGAGGACCAGAACCUUCCCCCUCGCAAUGAGAUUGAUCCGCCGAGGAAGCGGGUGGAUUCUCCCAUGUUGAACCGUCACGGCAAGAGGAGACCGGAGAGGAAGUCCAUGGAGGUCCUCAGCGUCACAGACGGAGGAUCUCCUGUACCGGCCAGGAGGGCUAUCGACAUGACGCAGCACGGACAAAGUAAAUCAGUAUACAGUAAAAGCUUGGAUAUUCCUGACGCCAGUACAAAAUGCAGCAAAGAAGAAAGGUCGCGGUCUAUCAGCGGAGCCUCCUCUGGCCUCUCCACCAGCCCCCUCAGCAGCCCACGGGUUACCCCUCACCCCUCCCCUCGAGGCAGCCCCCUCCCCACCCCAAAGGGCACUCCAGUGCACACUCCCAAGGACAGCCCAGCUGGGACGCCCACUCCGACGCCGCCCCCGAGUCCCUCCAUUGGAGGCAUGCCUUGGCGGACACGCCUCAACUCCAUCAAGAACAGCUUCCUGGGCUCACCACGCUUCCACCGCAGGAAACUCCAAGUUCCUACACAAGAAGAAAUGUCCAGCCUCACACCAGAGUCUUCCCCAGAACUUGCCAAAAAAUCCUGGUUUGGUAACUUCAUCAACCUGGAAAAAGAGGAGCAGAUCUUCAUUGUCAUCAAAGACAAGCCUCUCAGCUCCAUCAAGGCAGACAUCGUUCAAGCCUUUCUCUCGAUUCCCAGCCUGAGCCACAGUGUGAUCUCUCAGACCAGUUUCCGAGCAGAGUACAAAUCCACAGCCGGCCCCACAGUCUUCCAGAAGCCGGUGAAAUUUCAGGUGGAUAUCACCUACACGGAGAGCACAGCUGCCACGAAGGAGAAUGGCAUCUACUCUGUCACCUUCACCCUGCUCUCAGGACCCAGCCGGCGCUUUAAGCGAGUAGUGGAGACGAUUCAGAGCCAGUUGUUAAGCACACAUGACCAGCCUGGGGUCCAACAGCUGUCCGGAAUUAUCCAGAAAACCUAUUAAAGACCCCCUCCUGCUCCAUCCGUCCUCCCUCGAACACCCCUCCGCCCCCCCCUCGAGCGUGCCAAAAGAGACGGACAUUUGUUGACGGAGGACUGCUUUUAGAGGUGCGCCGGGGGGAGGGAGGUUACCAUGGAAACAGAUCCUUCAUGCAGACUUCUACCUUCAUCUUCCUCUGCGCCCCUACUCCACCUCUGGCAGCCGUCAGUAGAAGUAGACGAAAAUCUUUUAGCGUUCCCCCCGUCUUAGAAACACACACGUGGGCACAACUCAUCCACACACAUCCCAACAAUCCAAGACAUCGCACACUACCCUCAACUGCCAGCCCCUCCCUUUGUUUCUUCUCCUUUGAGUUCAAGGAGCAUUUAAUAAUUGGAAAACAAGCAUUUGUCAAAAGACACUACACACAAAAAGAAAAAAAAACAUACAUGCAUACAUGCACAGGUCCAGUAUGCACAGAAAACUCUGGGAUGUAUUAUCAAUGAUGAACAAAAUAAAAAAAAAAAAAAGAAGACAUGAGGAGGAGAGAAGGGAGAGGAGUUUUGUGGAAAGCCCAAACAGCCGACACGGACGCUUGCUGGAUUGUAUUUGUUUGCUUUUUAAUGUACUUUCUUUGUGAAGAACUGGGUUUGAAAUACUGACUUUAUUAGACUUAAUACUAUUGCUGCAAAACGGACUGGAAUUGUGAUUUCAGAGAGGAGCUGGGUGUGCGAAGACCAGGGCAGGGGGGCAGUGGGGAAGAUGAAAUGAUAGUAUAGGGUUGGGGGGAGGGACGCGGGGGGUAUGUGGGUAUUUAAAAAUGAAUGAUCUAUUCUGUUGUACAGACUGAUAUCAUUUCUUAUGUAAAAAAAAAAUGAAAUGUCUAGUUGUGACACGAUGUUUAGAUACCAUAGGAACAGGUUGGUAAACCUGCGCCUGCCACAUUCUGUUCUUUUAAAUUCUUCUGUGUAUUUUUGUUACAUGAUCAUUUAUGUCUUUGUUUAAUUGACCUAAUAAUGAUCCAAACAUUCCUGUUCCCUGUUAUCUGCAGCACUUUGUCUUUGAUUUUCCAUUCAUACCUCUCUCUUCUAGUCUCACUUACCAGCAGUAGGAGUAGAGGAACAAAAAAAAAAUUACCGUGAUAAAUGCAAUUGUGGAUAUUUUUGUAUUGUUGUCCUUAUUUAUUCAUGUUUGUUCAUCUCACUGUUUGAUUUCCUAAUUUAUUAUAACUUGGCUAUUUAUAUGAACAAAGCUGUUAGGUCAGUUGAAUGUUAUUUAUUACCCUCUUGUGUGUUCGUAAAUGGGACAACAUUUGAAGAAAAAAAUGACCUUUUUUUCUUUUGCUUUGCUCUGACUUUAAACAGAAUUAUGUGAACUUUGACAAGUCACAAAUUCUCUUUUCCCUGAAAUCUCUAAUGAGGGAAAGAGAACUUGUGUGAACUUGGAAAAAAAUGAUUUACCAGUAAUUUAAGAAUGUAGACUUAGCCUCUUUUGGGAGAGGAAAUAUGCUCUUCUAUUGAUAUUUGUCAGUUUCAUAUUAUUGUGCGUGUAGGCCAGGCCUGACGAGAAGGACACCACAGAUUCCAAUCUGCUUCUUCUCUUUGUAAAUAGACAGACAAACCGUGGGGGUUGAUUGUCUUCUCAACCAUGCUGGGGAUUCCUGCUCUAUGCUUUUAGCUUGUAUUGCUGUGUGCAUGUCAAACAUGAGCUUUUCUUUGCAUGGCUUUAGUGUUAUUGUUCCAUGCCAAACUCACUCCUUCUCUCAGCCUUCAUUGAUUCUCUCUCCACAAAACUACCUUUUAAAGUUUAAGCUCCCCCUCUGUCCCUUAUUUUUCACCCUCUCUGCUUUUAUUUCUGGCCUUCUUUUUUUUAUUAUUAUUGUCCCCUCGGCCCUUUUCCUUUCUCCUCCUCCUCUUUAUCUUGUGCACAAAGUUUUUGAACGAUGCUUCCUUUACUCUGUACCCCUCUCUGGAAGACUCAGAGGUCUGGGUUCUGUCUACCUGUUGGUAGAGGAGACGCAGGGAGGGGAUACCAGUACUACAAACACAAAGCAAUACCCUGAUUUUCACCCUCCUUUUUGUUUUCUACAACGGGAAGCUAGCAGCACUAAGGACAUCCAAUGAUUCUGAGGCCCAGAGGGGUCUUUUGACAGAGCAGGAACAAAACUGACUGAUGUAAUCCCCAUACAACAUAACUGUGAGCAUCUUCAGUGCUGAAACAAAUAAACUCAUUCAGUUAUGGUG